AUAAUGUUUCUACCUUACUGUCAGUUUUUAUCAUAAAACAUUGACUUUAUGUAUAUCAAUUACAUGAACAUUUUCCAUGUAAUUUUAUUACAAAAGUUCGGUAUAAAGGGACACACUCAAUGCAAUAUAUUUCUAUCAUGUUCAGUCAGUGGAAAUACAUUAAAGAACUUAAGUCAGAUUUGAAUAAAUUAAGAUAAUGUAAACUUCCACUUUAACCUUAAGUUAUUAAUAAGUUAUUACAUAUAAAGUUAAGGGGAAUUUCUACGUAAACAUAAUGUGUUUAUUCAAGUAUUAUACAUAAAAGCAAUGCAUUUCAAAUUUGUUAUUCCAUCCCUUGUAGUGGAUCACAAAGCAACACAUACAAGCACAGUUCUGCAAACUUUAUUGACUGAAUUGCAGUUGACAUUUUACAUUUAGAAAAGGCUUUCAAGUACAGUAGAACAAUCUGGAAUAAAGGCACAAUGCUCAGUUAUGUAUUGAAACACAAACAUCACUGGAUUACAGAGAUUUAAGGCUUUCCAGGGUGUUAAUACCACAGAUGACAAUGAAGGAACAAGACUGAAUUAUCAAUCCUUGAUGUAAGAAUCAUUCCUUGAAGGAUUCAACCAGAAUAUACAUCAAAACUACAUGCCAUAGUGAAGGGAGUGGGGGGGUUCUUCUAGUGAUUUACAAGCUAAUCAAAAUGGCAAUGUCCAACAAGCCAAAAUGUGGCUAGCUCAAUAGUCCAGGGGUCGGAUUUAUAACCGUUGCGUACGCACAAAACAGGGCCUGAAAUGUGCGUACGCCACUUUUCACGCCAAAGUUGGGAUUUAUAAAAAAGAACUUGACGGGAAAAUGUGCGUAUUUCUAAGCAAACUCUGACCCAUGCGUACGAACGUUUUGGAGACGGUAGAGUGGAGAUGCAGACAUGAGGUGUUGAAUUGAAGCAGAUUAUUGAUCCAUUUCAUCAUUUACAUUAAAACCAACAGCUUAGAUUUGCUCGCGCGACAUAUCUGCUCCACCCGAGCCUUUUAAUUAAAAAAUAUAUAAAACAACUUACAGCAAAUUACGUUCAGAUUCUAUUUAACAGGGGAGUUACAGAGCCGAGUCAUUAAUAGUUUUUAAUAAUAUCUUCUAACACUGUGCGUGUAUCAUCAUAUCGCUGCAGUGAACGUGACCGUGCCACAGAGCGCACGGAGCGCACAGGAGAUCACUUAAGAAAUGAAGACACUUACCAAAAAAUAUCCCAGUAGAGGUAAGGAUCCACAGAUGUGGGGGAAUCGGUCCGAUUCUUUAAAUAAAUAAAUACUGCCGUGACAGUGGUCCGGGGAUCUGCGUGAUGUGUGCAUGCGAAUGGAAGGACGAGGAGGAAGAGAGCGCUCAGCGAUGUCUGAUCUCAUACAUUGUGUCAUCCACAGCAGCAGCGGCAGAGUAUCAGUGUAUUUUCUUUAUUAGUGACAUCACUGUUGUUCCAUAAAAUCGCUCUUCACCUCACUAACGAACACCUCGAUGUCAGUGUCAGAAAGUUUCACUUCCUCUUCACAUUGCUUGAUGCCGUGCCUCCGUCAGGACUCACGGUGGAAACCCAUUGGUCAGCGGCAUAAUUUAAUGUUCGUGCCUUUGACUAUUGACCAUUCAUGGUUGAAUGUGGGCGUGUGGAGGGCGGAUUUGGAGGCAGAUCCACGUACGAAUGUUUCCAGGUGGACUGUGAACAUUGCAUUCAGGUGUGCGUACUAGGGCUGCAGGAUAUAUCGGCUAUGUACGAUAUAUCGAUAUAAUUUCCACGGGGAUACAAGAUUUGACAAUAUCGUUUAUAUCGAUAUAUGCGUUAAAAUGGUCAGUUUCGCCUCAAGCGUCUGCGUUUGCCUUGGGAGACUGUGAGCGCAACCGCGACCCCUCCCACUCUGUCGUUCCGAACGUGCCGAUUGCAAAGACGCGUCGUUCCCGCCCCCACCACCCCCUCACAACAAAUCAAGCAUGGAGGAUCCCGAUAAAAAAAACGAGACGGCGGAGCGAGACGAAAUUGUUUCUAAAAGGAGAAACAACGGCUCCAUCAUAUGGAAAUGGUUUGGUUUUAAAAAAAAAGAUGAGCAGCAGCUGCAGGUCAUCUGUAGGGAAUGCAACAAAACAGUUGCGUCCAAAAGUGGAAGCACGACCAAUCUUUUCCACCAUUUGCAGCAGCGGCACAAAGUGCAAUACGAGGAAUGUGUGAAACUCCGUGGCUGUGCUGCUGCUGCUGCAUCACCGACCGCGAAAGCAUCUUCUGCGGCUGCCCCAAAACAAUGUCUAUUGCAAGAAUCCUUCACUCGUGGUGAGCCAUAUGACAAGAAAACCGCAAAGUGGCGUGAGAUCACUAAAGCGGUAGCCUACCACAUUGCAAAAGACAUGGUCCCGGUCGCAACGGUCGCCCAGGAUGGUUUCAAAAAGUUGCUCCGAACAAUGGACCCAAGGUACAAUUUGCCAAAUCGAAACUAUUUCUCUGAAGAAGUGCUGCCAGAGAUGUACACCACUCUCAGGCAAAAGCUGACAGCCCGGCUCGCAACAGUAAAAUAUUUUGCGGUCACUACCGACAUGUGGUCCAGUAGGACCUGCGAGCCGUAUAUGUCAUUGACAGUUCAUUUUAUCGAGGACUGGAGAAUGGAGUCGGCGUGCCUCCAAACCAGCUACUUUCCUCAAGAUCACACCGGAGAGCACAUCGCUGAAGCCCUGCAGGAUGCGCUCUCAAACUGGAAGCUGGAGGAAAAGCGGCUGGUGGCCAUAACCACCGACAACGGGAGCAACGUUGUUAAAGCGGCCCAACUGCUAAAAUGGCUGAGGAUGCAAUGCUUUGGUCACCGACUUCAUUUGGCCAUUGGACAUGGCAUGGAUGAUCACCGCAUCACAAGGUGCAUUGCGCUGUGCAAGAAAAUGGUCAGCAGCUUUUCCUAUAGCUGGAAACGGAGGAGAGAAUUGGCUGAGGUGCAGAUUCAGCUGGGUCUACCGACUCACCAGCUCAUCACAGAGUCAGCCACACGUUGGGGAUCGAGACAGCAGAUGAUCAGCAGGGUCCUGGAGCAAGAGGCAGCCCUCUCCAAAGUCCUGUUUGCUGACAAGAAGUCGAGACAUCUUGUCCUUAACUGGCAGGACGUAGAGGUCCUGCAGGCAGUCCAGAAAGUCCUGAAGCCCCUUCAUGACUUCACAGACGCUCUCUCCGGUGAAGAGUAUGUCACCCUCUCCUACGUCAGGCCUGUGCUACACCUCUUCAACUCAAGUCUCCUAAUACGGGAAGAGGAUGAUAGUGAGCUGUGUAGGUCGAUCAAGACCAGAAUCUUGGAUUACCUUAAUGCCAAGUAUGCUGACCCAGACACAAGUGACCUUUUGGAUAUGGCAUCACUUGCGGAUCCACGUUUCAGGGUCCAAUACAUCCCAGGUGAAAGAGUUGAGGCACUGAAACACAGAGCUGUGUUGGAGGUGGAGGCCUUGCAGGCUGAUUUGGGCGGCGGUAAGCCGGACCCGGCUGGCCCUGUGCCAGAGGAACCAGGAAUGCCACCACCAUCCACAAAGAAGAAGUCACUGGCCAGCUUCUUCAAGCAGAGAACAGCCACCAACACCAGGCUGACACAGAGGGAGGCGAUUGAAAGUGAGCUUACAAGCUACUUACAGUCAGCUAUCAUCGACCACGACACAGAUCCUCUCCAAUGGUGGAAGAUGCAUGCCGAUAUUUUUCCAGCACUGAGCCUCCUGGCAAAAAAGUACCUUUGCGCACCAGCAACCAGUUCCCCUUCUGAAAGGGUUUUCAGUUGCAGCGGCAACAUUGUCAACUGUCACAGGGCAUCCCUGAAGCCUGAGGCGGUUGAUAGACUAGUUUUCCUUGCACAAAACCUGUAAAAUAUAAGAGCACUGCAAAUGAGAAACGUUUUUUUGGCCUGUUCUGUUGGUAAUUUUGUUCUGUUUACAUUCUUGUUCUUUGCACAGCUGUAGGAGAAGAAAAAUCUUAACCCUUUUCAUUUAAUUAAAACUAUUUAAUAUAUUUGUUAUUUCACACAAUGUUAGAUGUUGGCACCACAUAAUUUGUCAAAGAGAUUUAAAGAUUUUAUUUAUUUUGUUAAGAAGCAUAAAAACUGUUCUGUUCAUGUGUUCAUGUGUUCAUUCAAUUUACCUUUCUUGCACUUGGCACAUGUGCCAGCCAGAGUUCCAUGUUCCAUUCUGGUGAAAAUGACUAUACAAAAUCACAUGUUGAUAUAUGUUGCAGUCAUACUGAUCUGUGUUUUAUUAAAAGUGCUUGCAACGUC